GUCAGCUCUAGCCUACCCUGCGCUAGCUGGCUCUUCUUUAAUUCUGCAGGGAGUUCCAGUUUCAGGUAGAGUGCAGGCGGAGAACCAAUAAUGGGGGCGGCGCCGUCGUCCGACGACUCGUCACGCGCCGGAGACGGCCGGGCUGUGGCGAGCAGCGCUGCCUCUGGCACUGGCAGCAACAGCCACCAGGCCCAGUCGAAGCGGGCGCCGCCGCCUCACAAGUUCCACGAGAUAGUUGCGCAGGAGGCGACGACGGCCGGCGGCGGCGGCGGCACUGCUGCUGCAGCCGAGCUGGAGGAUCAGGCGUGCAGCACCGGGGUGUACCUGGCUGGGAAAACCAAGAAGUACUGGGUGGACGAGAAGACCAGGUGCAACUGCUUCGUGCUGUUCGCUAGAGCGCUGUCCAUCACUUGGGGCGACGAUCCCAGAUACUGGAUCUGGCAUCCCGUCAGAGAAACCAAUGACGCCGAGAUCGUCGAGGCUGCGUCGCUGCAGAACGUGUGCUGGCUGGAGGUGCACGGGAGGCUGGAGCUGUCGCACCUCACGCCGGGGUGCAGCUACGACGUGGCCUUCCAGGUGAUGCUCACGGAGCCGGCGUACGGGUGGUCGGUGCCGGUGAACCUGCGGCUCAGGUUCCCCGACGGCACGGCUCAGGCGCGGAAGGAGAAGCUGCAGGGGAGGCCCACGAAGCAGUGGCUGGAGCUCAGGGCCGGGGAGGUGAAGGCGCCGGCCCAGCCGGGGGGAGCGGGACGCAGCGGCGAGCUUGAGAUCUCCCUGUUCGAGUACGACGGCGGGCUCUGGAAGAAGGGGCUCCUCGUCAAGGGCAUCAAGAUCGUCCCGAAGGAGAGUGAUUAUUAAUUAGUGUUUGUAACUUUGUUUCAGGGUGACUGCUCCUGCUCGCUUUUGCCUGUCAGGUGUGCUAAGAACUUCGUCUAAGAUAAUUGGAAUAAUUAAUGUGUGUGGCACUGCGUAUUUCAACGC